CACCAUCUGACAAUUUAAACGUCAAAGUUUGUUUGUGGUGUGGACGUAUCUUUGUUUACGUGAGGCGAAGAUGACCACUGCACUGCAGCAGCAGGUUUUCGCAUUAGAUGCUAAAUACAAUGCGAUUCGAGUGCCCAAAAGUCCUAAUUACAGGACUUUGUACAUCAGAAGAAGGAGCCAGCUGCUGAGGGACACGGACAGGGAUCAGGAGAAAUGGAAGCAGUACUUAAGGCUGAGGGCUUUGCUGCUGCAGCAGAAGUAUGGCCCAACUGAGUUGACCCACAAACGUUCCAUUAGCAGGACAAGUUUAACUCCGAUGUCAACAGCAGCAGAAUCUGUGAUUCCGACGAGAAAUGCGGAAGCUUCGAAGGCUAUAGUCGGUGGUAAUUCCAUAGCGGAAAAUUACGCUUUCGUGGGCGUCCAUCAUAUCUAUGAUCAGCAUACAGCCGCUGUGACUAUGAUCAAAUUUGCUAAUAACGAUAGGGCGAAGCUCUGCUGUUCCUCCGUGGAUAAAACCUUAUCCAUUUGCGACGUUACCACCAGCUCUGUGAUAGCCAUACUGAGAGGACACGAUGGACCGGUGACUUGUUUCGAUUGGUCUAUCAAUAAUGAUCUGCUAGUUAGCACCAGUUUGGAUGGAACGAUGAGGGUUUGGAGCGCGGACAAUUGUUUGAGAACCGUGCGCGAGCCGAACAAGUCUCAACUUCUCUGCUGCAUCUUUCAACCGGCCAACAAUAACUUGGUGAUCGUUGGAAAUGGACGUGGAGAGAUUCGCGUCGCGAACGUGUCCACCGGGAGGUUCCUGCAGAGCGUCUGUCGCGUCGGUGGGAACGUUUUGAGCGUGGCUUCAGAAACGAACGGGAAAAUAAUCUGGGCUGGAAAUGACAAAGGCGAAAUCGUGUCCGCAGUUUUCGAUGUUUCCGGCGGUUUGCAGAGAACACGAAAGUUGACUUUGGGUGUGGCGUGUUCCGUGACCAGCUUGAGUUACAGGGCUUGGAUUAGUCGAGAAGCGAGAGAUCCCAGUCUCCUCAUCAACUGCAGCAACAACGCUGUAUGCUUGUUCAGCGUAACAGAUGAUGAGGGUGAGCUGCGUCUGAAGCGAAAAUUCCAGAAUUGCCAUCAGAAGCAUUUGGUGAAGUCCAUAUUUUGUCCGAUAAUGUCUUUCAGGCAAGGAGCGUGCGUUGUUACUGGAAGUGAAGAUGGGAACGUGUAUUUUUUGGAUAUCGAGAAGACCACGAACAAGGCGAGGCUGAACACGUUACAGGGACACGCCUGCGCCGUUCUGGGCGUGUCCUUCAAUUAUAAUGAAUCUCUAUUGGCCACGAGCGAUUUGGAAGGCUUGGUCAUCAUUUGGAAACGAUCUGAAUCUCUGAUGGUUUAACGGAUGAUUAGCAAUUUUUUUAAUAAUGAGUCGUCCGAGGAUAU